AUGGCCAGCGAAAAGUCCGAUCUCGUCAAGCAGGAGGCGCAGAUCAAGUCUGCCGAUAUGAGCGAAGAAAUGCAGAACGAAGCCAUUGAAGUUGCACAGCAAGCAAUGGAGCAGUUCACAAUUGAAAAGGACAUUGCGCAGUUCAUCAAGAAAGAAUUCGAUAACCGCAAGGGUGCCACAUGGCACUGUAUCGUCGGCAGGAACUUUGGUAGUUUCGUGACUCACGAGACGAAGCACUUCAUAUACUUCUACCUUGGACACUGCGCCAUCCUUUUGUUCAAGACCCAGUAA